CGUUUGAGCGCAGUGUCCCUGGAGACGCGACGUUGGUUGCUCGAUUUUCCUCCUCUCUUCCGGUUUUCCAGUGUUCGCUUUCCGGCCGCGUGAUCAUUCGUGUCGCUUCCGGUAACCGGGACUCUCGUCGCCUAAGAAAAUUCAUCCGCCGUGGGUGUUCGUUGAAAUUAAACGAUGAACUGGAAGAAUAAUUCUGUGCAGUGAAAAAUUCUUUAAACAAUAUCGAUUCUCGAAUUGUAAUAUUGUUCCUUCGAUGAUGUUUAUGGUAUUUGCCGAAGAAUCGAUAAACCAGGAAACCUGAGGACCUUCGAAUACGAUGAAUUUUAAACUGUAAUUGUGUUUUCGAAAAAAUGUUAAGGUUAAAGAAUUCGAUAUUCCGGGGAAGAAUUUAAUUCUCCUUUCAGACUCUUCGUUUUACCGAGUUCCACGAUUGUGCAACGGUGAAUAAAGUCGGUGAAAAACAGUCGAUUUUUCAAUAAAAAUUGAAAUUUUUGUGGCACUUUUUGAAGAAAUCUCAGUUGAUUGUCGCAGGAAUUGUAUUGCGUCAAUUCCAAGUUUUCAAGCCCCUUUUUGCCACGUUAUGGCAAUAGGAUCGAAUUAACUGAUCGGGUAUCGUCGAAACGAUCAUUUAAAAUGAUCCUGAUUGAAUAAAACCGAGACUCCUGUCUGGUUCAAUAUAUUCAGGAUCAACGGUUCCCGGCGGGUUUCACUUGAAAAGACGAAGAAAAUGUAAGAUAAAAUGUGACGACAAUCGUGCCCGAUGAGAAGAGAGGGUGGGUGAGGAUCGAAAGAGAUACCGAAGGCGUGGGUGAGCGUGGGAGAGAGGAGAUAAAGAUGCCUCGGCCGUCGAGGGACACUUACGGCGAUCAAAAGCCACCUUAUUCUUACAUCUCGUUGACCGCGAUGGCGAUUUGGUCGUCGAGGGAUAAAAUGUUACCCCUCGCGGAAAUCUACAAAUUCAUCGCCGAUCGAUUCCCCUACUACAGGAAGGACACCAGGAGGUGGCAGAACUCUUUGAGGCACAAUUUGUCCUUCAACGACUGCUUCAUCAAGGUGCCGAGAGGACCCCAUCGCCCAGGCAAAGGUGCGUACUGGGCGCUUCACCCAGCCGCCCUCUCGAUGUUCGAGAACGGUUCGCUGCUUCGUCGUCGGAAGCGGUUCAAGCUGCACAAGCCCGACAAGGAGUUGCUGAAGUCGGAACUCCAGGCAUUGGCGUCGGCCAUGCCGCCGCCUCCCCACUCGGAGUCCUCGCCGGUCAUCGCGAUAAACCCGAGCGCCCAAACGAAUGGCCUGACGGUCGCGAAUCUGCACCGCCUCCGCGACGAUCUUCUCCGUUGGGAGCUGCACGAGCGUCGCCUCGGGAUGACAUCCGGGGGGAACAGCUCUCCCGGCUUCUCCGCGCCGGAAGCCGGCUCCAGCUACUACCUGCUGUCGCCGGAAGUACGACAGAGACUCGCCGGGACCGACGAGAUCCUUCGCGGCUACGAGAACAACCUCCUCCAAACGGGUAGCUGGAGCUUCCCCGGGUUCCAGGUGUCCCCGUAUGUUUCUCAGCUGUCCUACUUUCAAACCGACAUACCGGACAGCAGACAAAUCUGUCCCGGCGCCACGGAGACCAGCAUCUCCGACAAGACUGAGUCCAGACCGUUCCUGGACACCGGGGGAAGGAGCAGCAAUUCAGAGCCCGAUGGCAAGCUCCGUUCCUCCUCCAUUUUGGAGGCCGGCAUCUCCAGUCAGACCAGCAUCCAACCCGAGCAGCAGAAGAAGAAGAAGAAACCAUUCACCAUCGAGAACAUCAUAGCACCCGAUGAUCAACAAAUGUCCGGGAACAUGGAGGACGAGAAGAGAGGACAUCUACUCGUCCCCCGACCUCUCUACGCGGGAUUCCCGUUUGGCCUGUCCACCGCCAAGGUACCAUACGAGACUGCUACCUGAACAGUGUCCUGUGAACGAUUUCGCCCUAUAAACUGACGUACAGUUACUCCAAGUUGAUGUUUCUGUUACGGUUCGAGCGAGGAGAACGGGGGCUUCCGGUGACAGUGAUGGUGAUUUUCCUCGGGAUUCUGUGUCCUUUGGUGAUUCCAUCGACCCGUGCGACGAGGAACGUGUGUUUUUGGUGAAUUUUCAUUCCUAGUUAUCUAGUAACUUUUCAGUUUUCACCGGUCUUCUUAAAGAAAUUGCAGUAUUCUGUCUGGUUCUUUGAAAUGUCAGAUUUUUCUUCGGUUUUUAAAUUCCUUCUAUUCUCGAGAAAAUAUUCUAAUGGAAAAGGAUGAUGGAAUAACAGAGAAUGGUACUAUUUAGAAACGUAUGGGAAAUAUAUAAAAAUACUCGAACGAAAGUGUCGGUAACACUUGGAAAGUGUUCGAAGCAGCAAGUUUCUAGCUCCUAUAUUCGUAGCUCCUUAAUAGUCACACUAUGUCAUCCUUUAACACGUAAUUACGAAUCUAAUUAAUUUUUAAGAUCUUUCCAAAGCUCUCGACAAAGUAACCUAGUUAAAUGCUUCAUCGAAUUUCUAAUUAAUACAUUGUUGACUAGUUACAAGCUAUUUUUAAUUAUUUUUAAUUUUCAAAACUCAGGGUAAUAUAUUACAAAAAGAAAAUUACUUUUCUCGAUAUUUAGAUUUUUAUCGAAUUUUUAAUGUUACAAAGAUUUCAACCACGUCGGAUCGCAAUGGUAAAGAAUUUUUCAAUUAAUUAAUUGCAGACACUUUUUCCGACUGUCCUAUUGAUUUUGACAAAAAAUUACUAAAAUAUAAUAUACAGUAUUAUUUAUAUUCAUUAAUAAUUAAUAAAUUCAUUUAAAUUCAUUAUUAUCAAUAAAGUGUAUUGAAGAUUAUUUAAAUUGUUUCACUUUCAAACUAAAUUAGGAAAUAAUAGUUGGUGACAUGAAAUAGCUUGUUGGUCAACAAUGCGUUAAUACAGACGAAUUUUAUUAAUCACCAGUUGAUAUCUGUAUCGAGUUGUACAACUAUUUAGACUUCCUGAAGAAUUAUAAUUAAGAGGAGCGAUUCUAGAGAGUAUAAAAACUAAUAAAUGGGAAAAAAGGUAAAUAUUUAGAUUAACGUACCCAGCUCCGAUCACCUUGACCUUGACAUGUGUUAUCAAGGUCAUCAGUUUGAGUAACUUUUCCUUAUAACUUAAUCGUCGCUCAUUGCUCAUUAAAAAGUUAGGAACUAAAAAAGAUUUUUAAAAGUCAAGAUGGAGAUUUAUAAAAACCAAAAUGGAGAUUUGUGAAAAUCAAAAUGGAGAUUUGUGAAAAUUAAGAUGCAGGUUUGUAAAAAUCAAGAUGGAGAUUUAUAAAAACCAAGAUGGAGAUUUGUAAACAUCAAAGUGGAGAUUUGCAAAAAUCAAGAUAAAAAUCUGUAAAAAUCAAAAUGGAGAUUUGUGAAAAUUAAGAUGGAGAUUUGUAAAAAUUAAGAUGGUGCAGAUUUGUGAAAAUCAAAAUGGAGAUUUGUGAAAAUUAAGAUGCAGGUUUGUAAAAAUCAAGAUGGAGAUUUAUAAAAACCAAGAUGGAGAUUUGUAAAAAUCAAAAUGGAGAUUUGUGAAAAUUAAGAUGGAGAUUUGUAAAAAUUAAGAUGGUGCAAAUUUGUGAAAAUCAAGAUGGAGAUUUGUAAAAAUCAAUAUGGAGAUUUGUAAAAAUCAAGAUGGAGAUUUAUAAAAAUCAAAGUGGAGAUUUGUAAAAAUCAAAAUGGAGAUUUGUAAAAAUCAAAAUGGAGAUUUGUGAAAAUUAAGAUGGAGGUUUGUAAAAAUCAAGAUGGAGAUUUGCAAAAAUCAAUACAUGGCAAGUUGAUAAAGAAUUCUGCCUUCACUAUAGAAGAGCUCCAUUCAAAAACCCUAACCUAAAAAUCGAAUCCAAACCUAACCUAACCCAAAGGCAAUGUAUUUCAAUUCCGAAGUCACAACAUGGUCACAAAGUAUGACAACAAUGGCGCGGAUGCAAAUGGCUUAGUGUUAAGUUAGGUUAGAUUUCUUCACCAACUCUCCAUUUAUUUCCUCUUCCAUUAAUUAUUAUACAUUACUUGUUAGCGGAUAUAACGAAUAAGUACUUAAAUAAUUUUUAUACCGAACAAUAUAAAUAUUUAUUUCCUUUCACUACUUAUAUUGUUUCUUAGUAAAUAUAGUUUUAAAAUAAUUGCAAAAAAUUGAUCUAUUCUCUCAGAAUAAUUAUAUCUCUGUUUGAAAACUUUAUUUGUUUAUAACUUUUUAAUAAGCAACGAUCGACGAUUAAGUUAUAUGGAAAAGUUACUCAAACUGAUGACCUUGAUAACAUAUGUCAAGGUCAAGGUGAUUGGAGGUACUUUAAUCCAAAUAUUCACCAAAAAAACAUUGAACAAAAGAGAGCGUUAUUUCGAUAGAGUCAAUAAUAUUAGAAAUAAAGGCCUUAAUUGUCGAAUUUACGAUUCGUUCCCCAAAAAAGUAUUUUCGACUCGGAAAGAAGAAACUUUUCAACGAACAAACUUUUCUUUUCGAUUCGAAAAUUAACGUAGAUCAAUUUCUCCAAUAGAUUCGAUUUACCAACGUUCUUGUUUUAAAAAACAAAUCUUUCCAUUUACCAGUAAGAAGUAUUUUUCAAUUGUGAUUAUGUAAGUAGGAACUUUUCUAUUUUAGUCAGUAUUCCUGAUCGUUUACGCAGAUUUGUAUAAUAAAAAAUUUUACAUCUAUUUGUAUAAAUUUUGUUCUUUGAAUGAUCUACAAGCGUAAUAUAAUUAAUGUACCCGAUCGUACUCUCACGAAGAUGCCCGUAAAUGUAAACGUUGCUUCGUGAUUAAAUAAAUUAUUGUAUAUAUCUGAAAA